AUGCCGCCGCAUCUGCACCCCAGGUCGCGAACGACCUCGUCCCUGUUUGCGACGACCGUUGUCGCUAGUUUCCUCGUCGUCGCGCUGCCGCACUUGCUGCCCUGCCCUGCGCCGCGGACCAGAUACGCUGACGGGGAGGUGGUUGUCGAUGAGAACGGCAGGCGGAGGCGGUGGAGACGCCGCGAGGGCCUGCCGGAGAGCCGCGAUGGCAUCGUGCAGUUUGACCAGACGACGGACGAGUGCGUCGUCGACUCGGCGUCGGAACGGACGAGAAGAGAGUGCCCCGUGCCGAAGCCGGGUGGCCGUUUGGGCGAGUGGCUAGGAUUCAAGAGGGCUGGCGACGGCGAGUGCGGCAAACAGGCAAGGAAGUGA